AUGAGCGACUGGGACUCCGUUACUCGCAUUGGCGCUAAGAACCGCGGCGGCGCUGCCCCUCGUGAGACCGUCAUCAAGGGCAAAAGCGCCCUGAACGCCGCUCAGCGUCAAGGUCUGGUCAUUGGCACUGAGAAGAAGUAUGCUAGCGGCAAUGCUGCUGGUCGCUCAGGAGCCCCCGAGGGCCAGCACUUGACCAAGGUCGACCGCAGCGACGACAUCGUCAAGCCCAAGACCGUGGGUUACCAGGUCGCAGACGCCAUCAAGAAGCGCCGAAACGAGGAGGGCUACAAGAUGACGCAGAAGGAACUUGCCACCAAGUGCAACACCACCCCCGGUGUCAUCCAGGACUUCGAGAAGGGUACCGCUACGCCCGACCAGAAGGUCCUCAGCGCCAUGGAGCGUGUGCUCAAUAUCAAGCUGAGAGGCUCGGACAUCGGCAAGGAGAGGUUUCCCAAGAAGAAAUAA